UUCAUGGCUAGAGCCAAUAAAUAGUACACAAUGGGUUGAAAGUUUAAAUCGCAAAAUUCAUGACCAUGUUCAAUCAAAUUCAUCACUCUUAAUAUUGACAAAGGAAAUUCAAGACUUAUUGGAUAAAGAAUCUGAAUAUGUAAGAAUUGAAGAAUAUAAAAAACAAAUUCCUACAAUCGGUCUUCCAACUAUUGCGAAGACUUAUUUUAAUUCUAUUGAGAAAGUUGUUUUACAAUAUCUUUUACCUGUGAUGAGUGCACAGGAAGAUAAUUAUAAAGUCACAAAAAUUUAUCUUGCAGACAUUAUAUCGACAAUUAGUCUAAAUCAAAUUGUAGAAAUUUGGAGAGUGGUUAUAUCCUGUGGAUCUAAAAACAAUUAUGUUAUAUUGCUAGCAGAUGGGUCGCAUCGAUGCAUAUAUAAUAUGAUUAUAACUCAUGGCUUUUUUGAAGGCAAUAAUGUUUGGCAGCAAUCUCCAAUUACUAUAUAUGUAAAUUCAAACCAAAAUCAAAGUGAUAUUGAAUAUCCGGUAUCCAAAUUUGAUUAUCUAAAACAAAUUCGAAGCAUUGAAGUUUAUAAUCCAAUGUUAAAAGAUAUCAAUAAUACCCGUCAGAUGUAUGGUAGAGCACAAGGUGUUAUGCGAAAAGCAAUUGAUAUAGCAAUUGCAACUAGUUCAUAUGAUGAGUUGAUGGGUAUUUGUUAUAGAUUUAUUAUGGACAAAAAAGAAAAACAAGAAUCAGACACAAUGAUGAAUGAUAUUGAAUAUGAUAUCAGAAAUCCUGUGAUUAGCAAACAAAGAGGACGACCACCCGGAAGAGCAAUAAGUUGUGUUAAAAUUCAAGAUCAACGUCCUGAAAAAAGGCAGCACUUGCAAAUUUCAGAAAUUAUUGAAAGACAUGAAACUCAAGAGAAAGAUACUAGGAAAACAUGCAAAAUUUGUAGAAAUAAGAGACACAAUAGAGCAACAUGCAAAUUAGAUGAUAAUUAG